AUGCGCAAGCACCAUGUCGCCGAGCCAACCCAACGUCGAGAUGCCCCCAGAACUCUAGGCACCGAAGCGCCGCUCAACACGUCGACCGGGUACGCCAAGAACCCCCUUCCCCGGCAGCGGAGCGACUACGCGCAUUCCGACCCCCAGGGGCGCGCCGGCGGCGGCGGCGGCGGCCUGGGCAACGUGUCCGGCAUAGACUCGGGCCGGCGAGACGACAACAGCUACGGCAGCUCCUAUGCGGGCAUGGGUCGUGACCAGGAAGUGGACAACCGCCCGCGCCACCAGCAGAAGAGGAGGGACAGCCUGGUGGGGAAGAUCAUGGAGAAGACAGGUGGGGUUCUGGGCAACGCCAAAUUGCAGGAGAAGGGGCACGACAUGAGAGAGGCCAAGGCGAGGGGCGAUGAUGGCGGCCAUGUACGUGAACAAGAACAUGGACAUGGACAUGGGGGCGGCACCGGGGAGGGGACCGCGCCUCGUCGUCGUGCCAGUGAACGUGAUCCGAGGGACGCUUCGCACACUGAUUGA